AUGGAGGGACUACAACGUUUAAUUAAUCAAAGAGCAGGUUUGGGUUCUAUGAACACUUCGGAACAAGCAAUAAACGAUACUAAAGAGACCGUUUACAUAUCAUCUUUAGCUUUGUUAAAGAUGUUGAAACACGGUAGAGCGGGUGUUCCCAUGGAGGUGAUGGGAUUGAUGUUAGGUGAGUUUGUAGAUGAUUACACAGUUAAGGUUGUGGAUGUUUUUGCCAUGCCUCAAUCCGGUACUGGUGUUUCUGUUGAAGCAGUUGAUGAUGUAUUCCAAGCCAAAAUGAUGGAUAUGUUGAAGCAAACUGGUAGAGAUCAAAUGGUUGUUGGUUGGUACCAUUCACAUCCCGGGUUUGGAUGCUGGUUGUCUUCAGUCGAUGUUAACACGCAGAAAUCUUUUGAACAAUUAAACAAUCGUGCAGUUGCCGUUGUGGUUGAUCCAAUUCAGUCCGUUAAGGGUAAAGUAGUCAUUGAUGCUUUCAGAUUAAUAGACGCUGCUACCAUUAUGAGAAAUCAGGAAACUAGACAAACAACAUCAAAUACUGGGCUUUUGAACAAACCAAAUAUCCAGGCCCUAAUUCAUGGUUUGAACAGGCAUUAUUACUCUUUAAAUAUUGAUUAUCACAAAACGCAUGGAGAGAUAAACAUGUUAAUGAAUCUACAUAAAGAACAAUGGCAAAAUGGAUUGAAAUUACAUGAUUACAAUGAAAAGGAAACCCAUAAUUUGACUUCUACAAAAAAAAUGGUCAAAAUUGCUGAGCAAUAUUUAAAGAGGAUUGAAGAAGAGAAGGAAUUGGAUGAAGAAGAAUUAAAAACACGUUAUGUAGGUAAGCAAGAUCCAAAGAAACAUUUAACUGAAACUGCAGCCAAUUUAUUGGAAGAUAAUAUUGUUUCCGUUUUAACAUCAGGUGUAGAUUCUGUCGCUAUAAAAUAG